ACCUCUUAUGUGCCUGAUCUUCUUAAUGUGUUAGGCUGGACUGGACUAUUCUGCCCCUGUGUGUUGUUUGGACGAAAUGUUCAGGCCCUUAGAGAAGAUAUCCCAUGGACAAGACCCUGCACUUGCCAUGCUGUCUGUGUUGAAGGUGGCAUUGCAUUGGCAAUUCUCACGGCUAUAUUCCAUGGUGUUGACCCAGACACAUCGAUCCUGAUUGGUGAAGGCCUGGUCUGCAGUUGGUGGAUAUGCUCUCAAUAUACUGGUAUUAUUCGUGAAAAGCUUCAGAAGAAGUAUCAUCUUGAGAACUCUCCAUGCGAACCUUGCAUAGUCCACUGCUGCUUCCACUACUGCGCGAACUGUCAGGAGCAUCGUGAAAGGAAAGGCCGACUUGCAGAAAACAGUGUUGUUCCAAUGACCGUUGUCAACCCACCGCCGCUGCAAGAGAUGAGCAUGGCUGAGAACAACGCUCCCACAUCCGAGAAUGAAGGGUCAAAGGCAGCAUGAGAACUGAAACUGACAUGGAGUCUGCUCGCCCUUUUAGAGGCCACUAUAUAUACAGUAUAUUGUUAAAUGACUGUCAUCUGGCAGGUACCGUAUGAAACAUUGGUCUGAUCCAGAUUUUAGUUUAUGACCAUUACUACCUGUGAUAGAAUGUUGCCCGUGGUCAUGUGAUAUAUAUGUGUGGAGACCAUUACUACCUAUGAUAGAAUGUUGCCUGCGGGCAUAUACUAUAUGUAUGAAUAUAUUUACAUUUGUGAGCGGUA